CUUGGGAUGGCCUUCCCCUUCGUCACCAUCAACGUUAGCAUAAGCAUCUAGUAAGCACGUACCGUUUAUUCUGUUUGAAAAAAUCUUUUCGCAGAACGAGAGCAUAGGUUGGGCGGUGGCGAGUCAAAGUCCCGGGCAAAGAUAGCACAUCACGGCGAGAGAUAAGCCGCAGCCCCGUCUUCAUCACGACCUCCGCUGUUGUUUCCGCAACUACAAGCGCCUGCAAGAGGACACGCUCGAAGCGGCUUCCUGCGGGCUCGUACAAUACAAAGGCUGUCUCCUAGGGGCGGUUGGUUAGUGCGGCACUAGACCUAGAGUUGUACCAGCGUAACAACAGCAGCCAACAUGGACUUCGAUCGGGAGCUCCGCGAGCUGGUCCAAGAGGGUGACAGUCUACUCGCACAAUUGAAAACCUCGGCGACUUCUUUCGUCCCUGGGGAGCGCGGGAUUGGGGUGAGGAGGUAUAAUUCUCCGUUUGUGGAAACAAAUUGAGUUUGUGGCGCAUGUUUCCCCUUGUUCGCUUACAGCAUCAGCUACUGAGAUGAUGUGUUGAAGUCCAUGAAGCCUUCUUCAUCUUGUUGGUAAGAAUGAGCAAGUAGGAAAUGAACAAAAGCUCGUCAAAUUGACGCACAACAUCACAGCACCGCUUCCAGUUCUUCCUCCUCCCGGGGUCGAGCUGGACCACAUUCCUACCCGCACCGCGCACAACAAGCUGGCUCUGCUUCUCACGUGGAUUCCGUGCAGAACACUUUGCACACACUCGCCGAAAACGGGGACGGGCUGCAAACGGAUCUAGACCAACAGGAGGAAAAACUGUCGAAGAUUCAGAACCUGCUGGAGGAUUUAGAGCAAGGAACGGCAUCGAUUGCAGGUUGGUUCUGUUUUUUACAUGACGCUGUAGUUGGCCGCGUUUGUGUUGCGGAAAUGUUCUUGAUACUUCGCCGAUCAUACAGAACAAGUGACGUUCAUCUUGGAACCACUACACACAGAUUCAUUAUCGUGCCGCUUGCUGGCACUGGAAUGUUCUCUACUUCACUUGAUGAGCAGCUACACGACUCUUUUUCAUCAAUCAAGGUAUCGCCCGCGAGCGUUCCCGGUCCGCCAAUUCGCCGCUUCGUCGUGGUGUAUCCAGUGCAAAGGCAUCGUGCUCGUACUAAUUGCAAUUAUGCAUUACAAAUCUAGGGGUUGAGGGAAAUCCGCUUUACAAAUUAAAUUUGUAAUGCUGAGCCUCCAAUUUGUAUUGCAAUUUAUACUAAUACGAUGCUUUUGCAAUGCAUAUGGUGGUGGCUACAGUAAUAGCUACAGCUCUUCGUCGCGCAUUCCGAUCCACGAGAGGUUGUAUCGCGAGGAAACGAGCUCGUCGUCCCGGCAAAGACUCGAGCCCGUUUCGUCUUCUACUUAUUCGGGAGGACCACAAGCAGCAGCAGCUUCGGGGUUUUCGUUCGCGGACCAGCACCCGCGACCCAGCUCUUCGAAGCAAACGGCAUUUCUGUUCUCACGGGACCCACCAGGGGGUGCUGGGGCUGCAGCAAAUAACUCGUCAGCAGGACUUCCACCGAAGCAGGGGAAUAAUGCACCGGGGAGCGGUCGUGGCGCUGCAUCAGGUGGGACGACAAAUAAACCGCCAGGAGGUACAAGUACAACCGGAGGUGGUGCUGCAUUAAGUAGCGGUGCAUCAGCUCCCAGAGGACCCCCACCGGCGUCUGCCUUACCCAUCCCAAGGAAGAAAAGCUUCUCCCCUAGUAGCCGGUCGAACAGUAGUUUUACGAAGCAGGGGAAAACCCGAGCAGGAAGCUUUUCCGCCAACGACGGCACGUACUAUGGUACAGGUGGAGGUUCUACUUCUAUUGCAGCGGACUACAAGCAGCUCCGGAAACAGGUGGAGAAACUUCGAACCCAGGUCUUUUCCCUCGAUACGGAGAACAAGAAACUGAAGGAGCAAAACACAACCUUGCAGCAGCAAAACCAGGAAGUGCAGCUGAACUACAAGUUGAUCGACAAAAACUACAAGGAGUCCACGCAGAAAGCGCAAUCGAUUUCCAUGAUCCGACACUUCUACGAAACGGAAACCGAGGAGUUGUCGCAGUUGAUCGAUUAUCAAAUGCAAAAACGUCUGGGUCUGGAAACUUGUGAUGCAAGGAAGGGACGAAUAUUGAGCACACUGUAAUGCGCUUCCCAGCAUGACAAGUUUUUCCGUUGGUCAGAGUUGCGUACUCCGCAUGAGAAACUGCGUUUUUGCAUGACAGACAAGAGGACCUCUUCGCGGGCACGCAAUACAGAGUUUAGAGUCAUGCCAGAUUAGCAUGACAAAUCUCGCAAUCUCCCAGACCCAGACAUAUUUGCAAUUCAUAUCGAUCAGUUGGUCAACGAGCAAAUGGAGUUGAAGCAAGCGUUGCGGAAAGCGUGCCAGAUAUCCAAGAAAAAAGCUGUGCUAGUGUAACCAUCUUUGGCUGACAGCAUCACAAAUUUGCUCUACAUGACUAAGUAAACCUGUUAUGCGUGGCUCGUAACUGUAAGGGAAAGCACACACAUGCAAAGAGGACUUCGUGGCUGUCUGGCAUGACAGGCGUAACUCUGUUGCAUGUUCUGCAUUACAGGGUUACACCUUCGCAAUUUUUUUCUCGCAUAUCAGAGUAUCCAGAACCAGUACGAAGAGCUGCUACUGAACAUGUAUCAAGGCGUGCGGGUCGGGUCCGAUUUCCGGGAUAACUGUCUGAGGAUAGGACGGAAACGCGAAGACUACUACGUAAAACAUUCCUUUUUCCGGCAGUGGUAUUUGAUCUGCGUGGCGGGUUUGUGAGCACGGCUAGUAUACACGCAAGAUGUUUUCAUCGGGUCAACCUCAACGUUAAAAAAGACAUCAACGAGAAACCACAGCGCACAUGCACAUCAUGACUGCAAGUACUGUCGUCGUAGG